ACAACACAGUUCCGCAAGUCCAGUGCUGUUUGUGUUUUGACGACGUUAUUGUAAAGAGCUCUUCAGACCACCACACAAGUCCAUAAGCAAGGACACAGUCAACGUUCUACACCUCGGAUAAAGAAACAGGAGACAAAAUGGCGUCGGACUCUCCACGCAGACCUAGUCGCUGUGCUGGAGGGGUUCUGGUGCGAGCACAAGCUGCUACGGAGCAGUCUUACAUGGAAAGUGUGGUGACCUUCCUGCAGGAUGUGGUCCCCCAGGCGUAUACGGGGGCUCCACCUUCUGAUGAGAAAGAGAAAAUCAUUUGGGUUCGUUUUGAGAAAGCUGACAUCAACGACACUUCCCGCAAUCCAGAGUUUAUGGAGAUCCACAGUGGUACUACUGACCCUCCUCUUUGCCUCAUGAUUGGCUACACUGAUGGAAUGCAGAUCUGGAACGUAUCUUUGGCAGGGGAAGCCCAAGAGCUGUUCUCAGUGCGCCAUGGUCCUGUGCGAGCUGCUCACAUUCUGCCCGCUCCUCAUAUCAGUCCUCUGAAGACGGACAGUUUUGCCGACAAGAGGCCUCUGCUGGGGGUGUGCAAGAGCACCGGGUCUUCUGGGACAAGCCCUCCCUACUGUUGCGUUGACCUGUAUUCUCUACGGACAGGGGAAAUGGUCAAAUCAAUUCAGUUCAAGACACCCAUCUAUGAUCUCAACUGCAACAAACAUAUUCUUGUUGUGAGCCUACAAGAGAAGAUUGCAGCAUUUGACAGCUGCACCUUCACUAAGAAGUUCUUUGUAACAAGCUGCUAUCCCUGCCCCGGCCCCAGCAUAAAUCCAAUAGCUCUGGGAAGCCGCUGGCUAGCCUACGCUGAGAACAAGUUGAUCAGAUGUCACCAGUCUCGCGGAGGCGCUUGUGGUGAUAAUACACAGUCCUACACAGCUACAGUGAUCAAUGCUGCCAAAACUUUAAAGACAGGCCUGACAAUGGUGGGUAAAGUUGUCACACAGUUGGCCGGCACACUACCAGCAGGCACUCCUGACGAGGAGGGCACACCUCACAGUGUGAUCCGCCGUAGCCCCCACAACCCAGGUGUGGUCACCAUCAUUGACACCCACAGUGUCGGUGAAGGACAGGUCUUGGUGAGUGAGGAGUCGGACGGAGAGGGAGUGGUGGCUCACUUCCCAGCUCAUGACAAACCCAUAUCCUGCAUGCAAUUCAACCCCAGCGGAAUGCUGCUGGUGACUGCAGACACUCUGGGCCAUGAUUUUCACGUCUUCCACAUUCUCACCCACCCAUGGGCGUCCUCACAGAGCGCUGUUCACCAUCUCUACACCCUGCAUCGCGGGGAAACUGAGGCCAAGGUCCAGGACAUGUGUUUCAGCCAGGACAGUCGCUGGGUAGCCAUCAGCACCCUCCGCGGCACGACCCAUGUAUUUCCCAUCAACCCCUAUGGCGGCGCACCCUGUGCCCGCACGCACAUGUCACCUCGGGUGGUCAACCGAAUGUCUCGUUUCCAAAAGAGCGCUGGCUUGGAGGACAUCGAACAGGAGCUGAACAGGGUGGCUGCGUUGGGAGGAGGCUUAGGAGGAGGUGGCUGCAUCCUGGGUGGAGGAGGAGGCAUCGGGGGCCGCUGUAGCCCCAUACCUGGCCUGUCCAGCAGCCCUUCGGGAUCUCCACUGCACGCCAAGCUGAGCAGCCAGGAUUCAUACAACAACUUCACCAAUAACAACAUGGGGAACCCGCGACUGGCCCCGCUGCCAAGCCUCACUGUGGUGCUGCCUCUGGCUCAGAUCAAACAGCCCAUGACCCUGGGCACCAUCACCAAACGCACCGGCAAAGCUAAGCCGCCCCCUCAGAUCUCCCCGAGCAAGUCCAGUGGAGGAGAGUUCUAUGUGGCCGCCGUGUUUGCCUCGUCUCGCUCCUGGUUCAUCACCAACCCCAACAUGAAAAGAGAGAAAGAUCAGUCCAAGCAGCUGGUUGUCGACUCACUGUACAUCAUCAGUUGCUACGGGACUAUGGUGGAGCAUGUCCUGGAGCCCCGGCCAAUUAGCACUGCUCAAAAGAUUAGUGAUGACACACAUUUGGAGCUCAGCACCUGUCCAAGGGCCUGCUGGACUCUAGCCAGGACUCCACAAUGGAAUGAGCUGCAGCCACCCUUCAACUCUAACCACCCCUUGGUGUUGGCCUCAGAUCUGGUGCAGUACUAUCAGUAUCUUCUGGCUGCGAUGCCCCCAGGAAGCCCAGGCCCAAUCACCCGUCACGAGUCGUCAGACAGCCUUGCGUCGGACCACAGUGGACAGGAGGAUGAGGAGUGGCUCUCUCAGGUGGAAAUUGUGACCCAUACAGGGCCCCACCGGCGCCUGUGGAUGGGCCCGCAGUUUCAGUUUAAGACCAUUCACCCUUCAGGCCAGACCACUGUCAUCUCCUCCUCGUCCUCAGUCCUUCAGUCCCAGGGUCCCACUGAUGUCCAACAGCCCCUGUUGGACUUCGACACAGACGACCUGGACCUACACAGCCUGAGGAUCCAGCCGGUACGUUCAGAGCCAGUCAGCAUGCCCGGCUCGUCACGGCUGGUGGCUGAUCGGAGAGGGCAGUCCAACAUCAUGGACUCAGGAUCAGGUUAUUCCUAAAAAAGGAAGCUCCUCGCUCUCCAAAUUACCAUUUCAAUUAUUUAUUUAUUUUCUUGCAAGCAUGCCUAUCAUUUUCAUUGCCCCUUCAUCCAUCCAUUCUUCUCCUCUCCCUCACUACCCGAUCAUUGUUUUAUCAUUGGUGUGUGAGAGAGAAGAGGACAGGCGAGAGGAGGAGAAGGAGGAAGAGAAGAUGGCCAGCUUUCUACUUGUCUGUCUUUCUGUUUGUCUGUCUUAUUGUUGUCCAGGUAUGGCCUUUUUGAAAGUGGCCGACCUGAACACCAAGUCCAAUUUGAUGUCAAUAUAUUUAUUUCUUACUCAAUCGCUGUUCCUGAGAUUCUCUUGUGAAGAAGCUGGAUGUCACAACAUUAACUCUGACAGAAUGCAGGGUUGUUAAAUGGUAAAGCAGUCGUGCAGAUUUGAGGAUGACAUUCCCAGCCUCAUCCUCUUGCCGUUAGCAUAACUAGCUACUUACAUGGCAGCAACAUAUGCUGAGUGCCAUUUAUUAGUCCAUGCUACAGAACGAGUUUGACUCAUCUUCUCUGCUCGCUACACGUAAGCUUGAUGGUGGGAACUGGACUAACAUAUUAACAAAGACAGAAAGUAUCACAAACUUUCCUGCUUCAGUUUUUCCUUCCGUCUUUGUUGCGCAUCUGUCUAUGACAAAGAUCAUUAUGUGACUGUGACAACUGACUUUUAUUUUAAAUAUAAUCAGUCAUUUAAUGUAGAGUAAUUGAUUUGAGCCUUAUUAUUAUACUAAUGUUGUCAUCAGAAAAAAUGUGUCAAAGACAGGACAAUUUGUAUUUGUGUAAUUAUAUUAAAACACAAACAGAACAUAGAUUAAAUCUGCUGAAGUGGAGUAUCAGGCCUGAUACAUGGUAACAUGCAAGGUAAUGGUAGUAAUGGCAGAAAAAGAAGAGACAUUUAGCCAUCAUCAUCAUCAUCAUCAUUGUUUUGACAUUUGAACGGUGAAUUCAAAUGUCUCCGGAUUACUGAGGCUGCAAUAAAUACUCUUCUUUACAUUUUCAUUUGUACACAUAACUAGAAACCCCUUUGUUGAGUAUAUCCCUCGUUGGGAUUCACUGGGGAAAACUUGAUUGUGUCCUAAAAGAGGAAAACACAUUUUGCAUCCAUAUUUUUAACUGGCUUGGACGAUGUUUUGUGAGAUUCACUUGGUUUUUAAAGUUCUAGAAUUGACCAGACAAAGUAAUUUGACAAGAAACAAGUUUCAAACGAUGAAACAAUUGCAAUCUGUUCACAUGACUCACCAUUAUCUUAACUUUAAAAAUGGUAGAGCACAACAAUCCUGGGGUUUGACUGGGACCAGCACCUCUGGCAACACAUUCAAAGUUACUUAGAUCAACAGCUUGCCCAUUCCAAUGUUUAAUAAAACAGUAACUGAAUUGCCGCCACAUAAGAGACAGUUUAAAGGAGGUUUGUAAUGGUGUUAACAAGCAGGUGAACUUGAUCGUAUUGGCCACUGGGUCUGUCUGAGGAAGUCAAUUGAUAAGUCAUACCAAGACUACCAGAAAGUAGCAACAAAGAGAAAGAUGUGCCAAACAUUUAAAAAAGUUAUACAAGAAACAUGGCAACAUAUUUAUUAUAUGUAUUAUAAGGAUGCACAAUACCAAUUAUUUAGCCAGUAAAGUGUAAUAUGAUGAAGUCAUUAGGUUCCCAGAGCCAAACUUGCUGCUCAUAAGAAGCAGCUCCACAGUCCUCCCAGCCUUCAGACAAGAGAUAUUGAAGCAAAGUGCACUGGGCUCAGCUGUCUCUUUAUCGCAGGACAGUUUUUCUAUUGAGAUACUCGCACAGACUCAAUACACACUCAGCAGCAUUUGCCCUUUAGGUACAGAAUAAGGCCUGUAUUAUACAUCCAGCUCAGGAUGAGAUGGGAAGGAGGGUUACAUUAUGAGGGAGGAAGUGCACUUGUGUAUGCAGAGGACCAAGCAACGUGGUGUGUGUAUGGGCUCCUACAGUGUCCCCUUGUUGUUCUCUUCAAACUGCCCAUAUUAAUAUGCAGACAGUAGUCUUUGAAGAAAUGCACAAACAAGUUUUAGGUCAGUUGUCCUGUUGGAGGAUUUUAUAAUUACAUACAAGUUUUUGUCUUAUUCGACUGUAGUACGAUUAACUUAAAUAUAGACGGAUGCUAUGUUUAGGUUUUCCUGUUUUUCACAAUCCAAUGAUUGUCAUUAAAAAGGUUACACACCCUCAACAUUUCAAAAUGAAGAUUUUUUUAUUGUAUUAGAGUAU